AUGAAUCAACACUUGUGCAGUACAAACGGUGUGAAUGGACUAGGCUGCGAUGAAGGUACUUCGGAUCUCGCCGGGAGGAUGCAAAAAAUCGCAAUGAAGAAGGAGGCGCAGACCGAUUACGAUUUCCAGACACCGGUAAAACCACGGAAGCGCAAAAUGUUCAUGACUGAAACGACACCGUCACCAGCGAAGAAAGCAGCUGAAGCUGUGUUACCAGAAUUAUCGGCCAUCGAGCAACAAAAAGCCGAUCGCCUUCCACUGGAACAUGGACGGUAUAUUGUUGGCUCUAGAAUAUAUGCGCUUUGGGAUCGUUUUUAUUACGCAGCACGACAUGUGCGAAAUCCUCAUUCUACUUCUUAUCCAGCAGAUUUCAGUGAACAGGAUGCUAGUGGCCGUUAUGAAGUGAUUUUUGUUGAAGAUGGCGCUGUACGAAAACUGGUAGCGACUGGCAUUAUCCCCCUAUGUAAUCUUAUUGAUGGCGUAGAGGUUAUUAUUUUCACUGCUUCAGCUUUAUUGAGACUUCUCUGCAAUGCACCUGUUGCUUAUUGUUUAAGUGAGAAUGCACUGCUGCAACAGCUUUUUUUCGCUUCCAACACUUCUGAUUUUGUUUCUCAUUGUGAUUUUUGUUUCUCAUCAGAGGAUUCUCGUUAUGGUUGUAUUUCUCGUUGUCGUUGUGGUUUUGUUUCUCCUUUCUCACUGCGAAAUGACGACGAAGCGCUUGAAGAAGUUGAAGUCCUAAAAGCUCCAUCGCUGGAUGAUGCGGAGCAGUGGUUGAAAGCCAUGUUUAACGUGAAAAGUACUGAAUGUGAAAAUUUUAGAGAUUUAUCAUGGACGAAACUUGUCCUAAACGGUAAUCAAGCAAAACAAAUACAACUAGCCACAAUUAAUACGAUUCGUGAUGUCAACGCAGGUUGUCUCGAAGUAGAAAAAGAUUAUUGCGUGAAAUUAGAAAGUGGUUUCCGACAUUUACCAGUCUUGUCAUAUUCAGAAAAUAUUGCAUCGAUGGAAGGAAGGCGUAGUCGGGCAUCCCGGCAUUCAACUGUGCAUGAGAACACCACGUACUUCGUGACUCCGCGUCGGCGUGCUGUUACGGGUAAAGCUGUUGCUACUUCUAAGAAGAGCGUGUGA